AUGACUGAUAAAAAGGGCGACGGUGAUAAGAAUAAACCAUUAGACGAAGUUGAAAUUGCUCGCAGAAAUGAAGUUAGAAAAAGGUUGAGAGACCUUUGCGAGUGCGACAAAUUAUUACCGGAAGAGGAAGUCAACGCUUUGGGAAGAAUUGCAGGGGGUGUAAUAGACGAUGAAGGCAAUAGAUCCAGUAGCGACGAAUUCGAUCAAGACCUCGACGAAGAGUAUCAAAGACUUAUUGACGUUUUAAAUCUUCCCGGAGAUACUUAUUCACUUACCAAGAUUGACCCGAACUUACCACCUUGUGUUAAAUAUGGAAUGCGUUCCGGCGUGGCUCAUCAAAAUAUGAAAAAGUUUUCUCCUCUUUCAAGGGGAUUUCAAGGUGAGGCAGUAGCAGUAGCAGCAUAUGCAACGACAGCUCUUCUGAAAUCUCGAUGUUGGAACGAGUUGGUGAUAGAUCAAAUUAUCGACGAUGGCGAUACCUAUUAUUGUGAAUCUUACAAAGAAGUAGACACCGAUGAUCGCCGAAAUUUAACGAUAAUGGAUCUAAAAACUGACUUAGAAGUACAGAAGACCCACAAAGUGCACGUAGCCAUUGACGAUGCCGCUUACGCGGGUACUUUUCGCUCCGAAAAUCCCACCGAAUUGCAUCUAAUAAAAGCACUGGAGUUAUUUUUCAAAAGAUACGAUGCGGGGAUUUUAACAUCCCUAAAACUGAAAGUCGCGAUUUGGAAAGAAUCCAAAUUCUACAGCAUUUUCGAUGGUCAACCCAGAAAGGAAAACUGCGAACCUGCCGCAGAAGGCGAAAAUGGCUCAGCAAAGUUGAUCUUAGUGCGAGACCUGAUAGGGGUUAUUUUCAUAAUUUUGGAAAAAAGUCACGUUAACGACGAACCCUUUGUAUUGUACGGAAUAUCAAUUAGAGGGAUUGGCAAGUUGCCCCUGGAAAAAGAAGACCCCGAAGAGCCGGAAAAAUCUGUAGGAAAGCCUAAAAGACGACCGAGCGGAUACAAAAUACAAGCUAAAUUUCGAGCUUUAGUCCGUGGAUCUUAUCAUCUACUGCAUACAGCUAUUCCGAAAGAGUUCCAAGGGAAGAGUCACUUGAUAAUAGCUCUAGCUGCCCUGAUCUAUUCCCGUUUAAUCAACGCCAAUAAAUGGACUUCAGCUAUGAUCGAUCUAAUUUUUAAUGAAGCUCAUAUAUACCUGGUCGACUUGGCAAGAGUCCUGGAGAAGAAAUUGGACGAUUCGUUCGAACUCAAGGUAGAGGACCUGAUAGGAGAUGUGAUCUUAGGAGUGUAUGCUGCGAAAGUAAAGGUAGAAGUAAACGUAAUACCGGGUCAGGGUAAGAAGGGUAAAGCUACCUUAGAUUCGGGUAUCCGUGAUUUCUUUGCGACCAACUCCCUCGGGAUUCUCGAAAUAAAAAAGGUUUUUUAUGCCCUCUGGAAAGAUGGCGACAAGUACUACUUUCUCGACCCCUUUCCUUGCGACGGGGAAGGAUUUCGCGUCGACGAAAAAGACCCCGAAGAGGCGGAACAAUUCAAGAAGGCCUUCUCCUGCGUUACCAUGAACAGCUCGGUGAACGAAAUCGUCGAAACCAUUUUGGAGAACACCGGGAACAAGGAAAAGGACCCGUUUAUUUUGCAUGGUCUUCGUGUGUUGUACGUGAAAACCGGAACAAUACCCGGUGGUUCUUGGGACAGGGUGAUAUAUCGUGAAAAAAGGACUAAUCGGAGGCCGCAGUUAGUUUUGCCCCCGUUCCAGGACGAGACUUUGAACGAGUGCAAAACGGUCCUAGAGAUGACACCAAAGCCCAGACCCGAAGCUGAGAGAUUUAAGGACGUCUGGACUCAGUUUCCCGAUUUGAUGCAAAACGUGGAAGACUACGUGUCGAAGGACGACGAGCCCACAUCCUACGCAGAAGUCAGUCCAGCGAAUAUGGAGGAAGCUAAAAACAAGGAAAUCAAUCCUGUGAACCCGGAAACAGCCAAAAACACGGAAUCUGGUGAAGGGGACACACCUGAAAGUGGUGGAGGAAAAAAUGACACUUCCAAGGGAGUUGACACCAUGCCCCCGGACAGCGUCAAACUUUUGUCUGGUUACGAGAUAAUCAAUCCCCAUCGACUGCUACUUCGAGGAUCCAAAAAUUGUUUGUCGACGGAAUUUGAAGACAAAUCAAGAGGAAGGCAAGGAUUGACUAUAGCUUUGGCAGCGAUGGCAUAUGCGAAGAUGAAGCCGACUUAUGAGUGGAGGAAUUUGGACGUUGAUGGGAUCAUUGACCUUGGGAAUAAGGCUUAUGAAGAUACUGUUGUCUGGAUUCGGCAGGGGAGCCCACAGGAGAAGAAAAAAGAUCCCCAGGAAGCAGGGCGAGAAGAGACGGAGGCGGAUGAAGAAGAUGAAGGCGAGGAAGAGGAUGAGGAUGCCGAAGAAGGCGGAGAAGGAGAUCGAGAAAAAGGUGUCGCCGACUCCAAAGGAGCCCUUCAAGCUGCACCGAGUCAUCUUGACGUGUCUAUGCUUCCUGAUAAGGUAACGUUGGAUGAUAACGAGGUCUUCUUCAAGAGGAAGAUGAAUUUUGCAGAGGGCGAUGCAAAUCCUUUAGCUAAUCUGGGCGAAGGAUUCGAAAGUUACUUCAAAAGGCACGACGAGUUAAUCGUAGAAAAUAAAAAGCUCAUGUAUGCAGUUUGGAAAGCUGAAGACAAGUAUUUCGUAUUUAAUCCGUACGGUGCCGAGGAGGAAGGAUGGAGAUUUAGAGACUAUCCUGCUUCAUUCCUGGUAACGGACACCAUUAAUGAAUUGACGGACGUUUUCUAUGGGAUCUUGGAGUUUAAUGAUCCUUUGUUUUUCUUCCAUUUCAUCGGAAUUGAAGCAAUUCAACCCGGAGACAAAUACGUCGCUAAGAGCUCCAUUGAAGUACCUGAACAGGAUUUCAUGGAAAGAUAUAAGACGAAAUUUUUACCCAUUACUGACGAAGAUCUAAUCGUUCCCGUUCCCGAAAUAGAACCAGACCCUACCGGGGUGUUGGAAGACGGAAGAGAAAAAGAAGAAAAGGGAGAAGAUGAUGAUGAAGAAGGCGCUGAGGACGAGGAAGAUGAAGGCGGCGAAAAAGAAGAAGAGGAAGAAAAAGAAAACGAAGGCCAAGCUGAGGAGGAUAAACCAUCGGAGGUGGAGAAACCCUUGGAAGAUCCCCUGACGCCAGUCAAAGAACGGGAUCAGGCGGAUACACCCAGCCCAUUAAAUUUAUGUCUUUUAACAGGUAGCGUCAGUAUAGAACAGGAAGAUGACGACAUUGCCGAAGAACCAAGUGAAGCGGUCGUUUACGAGAAGCUGAAGUACCAACAUCCACGACCUUACGUUUUACCUCGACGGAAAGUGUUAUGUCUUCUUUUAGACGCAAAGCAUGCUACAAAAUCGAUACAUUCCUUGGUCUCCAGAUUCUCCGUCGACUCGAAGUUGGCUGUAAAACAAGGAACCGAUUUGCCAACUGUUCAGCCAGUUGUUGAAGCGGCAAUCAGUAAUGUCGCCAAGGAACAAAAGCCUACGAAACUAAUUAAACUUCAUCCCAAAAAGUACUUGAUCUCGAGGACACCACCGAUUGGAUUUAUUCCUCUCAGGGCUAUUCACGACAAAUAUAUACAAGAUCAAGACUUGGACAAGGCGAGGGAGAAAGAGUGCGAAAAGAAGAAAUUGAAUAAAAACGGAAAAGAAGAAAUGCGAGUAGAAGAAAUUCCGGAAAUACCUACCGGUGUGUGCAUUACUCCUUCGAUUAUUCCUUUGGGACCUACCAUAAAAACUUUGACGCCGAAGAAAAAAGCAAAAUCUUGUUUGGAAAUGAAAAAGCGAAAUUGUAGACUCUGUCCAAAGUCUAGGGAAGAUGCUGUUUUGGAGAAGAUAAUAUGUAAUACCGAAGAUGUGUUGAUGGAUCUGAUAUUCCCAGGAAGUGGAAAGAAUGAUAAGGAAAACCCUCCGAUAGUAAAAAAGAAGAAAAAAGACUCUGGCAAGGAGAAGAGGAAAAGUAUCUCAAGUGUACGAAUGAAGCCCGACAAACCUGAGGAAAAAUCGAAGGAAUCAGCUGACCCAGAAACUUGCGGAUUCAAGGUGCACAAUGACGUUGGGGUAAUCGAAGCAAACAUGUGCUUAGAAAACAGACAACAGAUUGAGAAUUGCCACUUCAAAGUAUGUUACUACACCGCGAUACUAUGUAUCCUUGCAAAAAUUCGUAUGGAUGUUGACAACUUCCGGGGCAGCAUCCUGGAUCAGUUUAUUUUAGCCGGUGAUAAGAUUUAUCAGCACACAGGGAAGCUUAGGUACAAACCUCUGAGAUGGUUCCACAACAUCGAAAUUCUUGGGGUAACGUAUAACGUCAUGUUGAAACAAACAGUAUAUUGCGACCCCGAAGAUUGCGAAGCGGACAUUUUGACAAACGCAUUAUCAACCUAUCUCGAGAAAAAUCAUACAGGUGUUCUAGUCUUUAACAACGUCUCUUACGCUUUUUGGCAUGCAAACGGCAGAUUUUAUUUCUUCGAUCCGUACGCAUGCGACGAGCAAGGAAUCGCCAACGAAGGCGGAUUCGCUUGUCUCUUGGAAUUUUGUGACGAGAACUCUAUGAUCGAACGAAUAAAAAAUAAUACAGGAGAGUCCGCAGGAAAACCUUACAGGAUAUAUUCUCUAGCGAUCGCCCAUGCGGAGGUGAAAAAGCGGCGCAGAAGGAAGAAGUGCCGAAAGGUUGAUUCUUGCAAGAGUUCAGACGAGGAGCCUCCUCAGGUGGCUGAGAAAAUCCAACAUGAUGACACAUCCGAGUCCGAAAAAUCCCUAAUUGAAUUGACAGAAUGGGUCGCCAAAGAGAAAAGGAAAUGCCGGUGCAAGGAGUUCGACCUGACGAUUCCUGGAUUUGCAGCAAUCCCCAACUUUAACGCUUCCACCGUGGAGGUGAUCGUUUUGGAGAACGACAUUACAACGCCUAUUUUGGCACCGUUUAGAAAAAUGUCAAGAAUGGUCUGCUCGAAGGACGAGUCUGUGGAGCUCGUAAGAAAGAAAACUUAUGACAGAAGGUUCAAGGAACGCACGAUCGUUUCCGAGCCUUUGGAUCUUUGCAUCAUGGCUUGGGGGUGCAUUCACGAUCCCAUGCAAUGGGGUAGAAGGACCAUCAAAGGUAUCUAUGAAGCUAGUAAGGACUUUGCCUUCGAUAGCUUGCUAGCUUCGGAAGACUCCACCGUGGAGGAGAUGACGGAUGGAAUAAUGCACGAGUUUGGUAUAGCAAAUUAUACAUUCCGCGCGGUUUUCGCACCUUUGCACGAAGGUACUUUGUAUGCCACGGUGGGCUGGAAUUUGGCAAUGUCUUUGAAGAAGGUCUUCGGGACGCCCGUGUACACCGGGGCAGUCGUAAGUUGUGGGAAAGGUCAUGUUGGAGUCAUGAGACGGAAGGGGAACUAUUAUGCUUGGUGGACAGUGCAGUUGACGAAACGUCUGAAGAUCAUCGUAUCCGACGACAUGGAGGAUUUCCUGAAGUUGAUAGUGAAGGCAAUUGAUCAGCAGGAAGAGGCGCGUUUCCAGAUGAGAGUCGUCACCAUAUCCUACGCCAGGAAGCUGGACCCAGACUGCACGGAUCUUCAGGGUCUGCACGAAACGCUGAUGCCGACCACGUCGUUGGCUGAGAUUCACAAGAAAAGAAGAGAGCCCUACGACCUGGAUGCGAUCUUCAGGUCGACGGUUCCUAACCCGAAACCGAUAUUCGUUUUAGGCACCGUCGGUUUUCAGGACAGGGACAAGUUAACGGAGCCCAGAGUGAAGCGGUGUUACUUCGUCGCGGUUUUGGCGGUGAUGGUGAAACGAGACAUCAUCCAAAGUCCCGUGCCGGGAAUGGUGGACAAAGUCGUCGAGGUAGCCGAGAACUUGUACAGAGAAUUCCCGGAGCUGAAGUACCACACCGAACACAUUCUAAGAAACGUCACCAUCAUGAACAGGAUCUUCGAAUUUAGAGAUUGUUCCUCGACUUUGGUCAAUUUCACGGAGAACCCCGAAACAGGGAAGAACGAUUUCUUUCCACUCGUCAGAAAGCACUUGAAGUGUCAUUUCAAGAAACACAAUGCCGGGAUCCUGCAUUUUACAAACUGUUGUUACGGUUUCUGGUACUCUGCUGCCACGCGUUCGUACUAUUACCUGGACCCUUACCAGUGUAACGAAAAGGGCAGAAGAGUUCAGACUGAAGGCAAAAGCUGUCUCUGCAUCUUCUCUUGUCUCUGCCACAUGGUGAGGAACAUGUGUCUGAACAGAUUCCCGGAGACCACGGGAUUCUUCAUUCAUCGACUGCAUGUUGAGUCCAUCAAUGUUCCUCCUUUCAAGGAGUUUCAGGAAGACCCCAUGUGGAUGUACCUGGAUUUUCACUGGAGUUUCAAUAGUUUUGAAAACAUUGCCCAACCUGACAAGAAGCGGAAGAAGCAGAAGAAAGAAACUUCAAAGGUCCCUGAAAAACCGAUUUGGAAUCACUAUACGAUCGAGGUUUCGAACCUCAUAUAUUCCGUAUGGGGAACAUUGGGUUCCUAUGAUACCAGGUUUGGGGAAAGAGCUGGAAAAAAUCAGGCUGCCAUUUGUGUGGCAGUUCUGGCAAUGCAGUACAUAUGUCAUCCAUCUCAAUGGGGUCCAGUGAUUCUAGACUCUGCUGUGAUAUGUGGAGAUUGUUACUAUUCGGAGAGCCAGAAGAGUUCUGCACGUAGGGGUCGCAAGCACCCCAACAAGUUUAAUUUGCAGCCUUGUUUUAAGGUCUUCCCACAUAUCUGGUCGAUAGAAUUCAAAGUCGAUGUAUGUGGAAUCCUUUAUGAUGGAAGAGAUGGAAUGAACCUGACGACCGCCUUGAUCAUGGCCUUUAACGAAGCUUCUAACGUAAUCAUCGAGUGCGGUAAAGUCACCAUUGGAGUUUUGGUGGUUGAAGAUGGAUAUUACGUGGUGGAUCCUCGGUGGACGGGUCCUCCACUUUUUACCAGGAAUCAUGGAGCUCUGUACGUCCUUCGCUGCAGGAACACGAAGGCCCUUGUAUAUGCCCUAACUAAGAUGCUGAACACCAAUCUUAAACUAGAGUUCAGGAUUACUCCAGUAGCGUUUACGUUCUCGCAAGAAGACUGCAAAUUUGCUGCGAUGUUGGGAGGAUCUACUCAUAAAAGGAUCAUGCUUGAUCCCGUGUACAGGAAACCUGGAAGGGCUGAUGAAGUCGAUGGGCUACUUCCAGGAGCUGAAACGACUGCUGAUGAGGAUGCUUACCUCCGAUAUCGCAGAAACCUAGUUACAGGGAUUAAAUAUGGGCACCUGCUGGCGCAUCCUUCGGCUCCAUCGACAGAACCCCUCAUAAGGAAUCUAAAGAAGGAUAAUUUAAACAACGCGUUAGUCAGUACGACUUGGCAUAUCAAUAUUGGAAAGCCGGGACCAAGAAAACGUGCGAAUCGUGAUUCCGACUCGCUUUCUUUGGAGGUCGACCCUGAAGAGUGUCUAGAGUGUUCGGGUGGAGCCAGAAAUGAUUACAAGCCAUCGUCUUUGUUCCAGUUGCUAGAAAAAUGUGACGAGUAUCCAAAGAUCAUUGAUCUCCUGGAUGAUGUGAAUCUCUUAACGGAGGAAUCUGCAGCUCCAAUAUUGACACCGAAGAAGAGGCCGAAAAAGAGCAAAGUUAGACCUGAUUAUUCUCCUGCAACGCCGUUAGACUGUGAAGCUCCUCGUAGUUUUCUUAUGGAUGUCAAUCGAGGGGAGUUUAAAAAACGUAACUUGCAAAUGGCGGAUGAGGUGUACCAAAAAUACCAUCAUCGUAUAUUGCACGACAGUCUGGAAGAAGAUACAUUCGUUACUGCCGUGGGACCGCUUGAAGGGGGAAAAGUACGAAACGAAAUUGAUGAAACUAAUGCCAAAGAAGUUACCGAGACAGAAGACGAGGUGGAAACGGGACCGGGAGAGACAGAAACAGAAGCAACGGAAUCGGAGAUUCCUGAAGAGACUACCGACGAGGAAGGCUGAAAGUAGCAAACGUUGAUAUGAGGCUA